GGCUGUCGGGCCAGCUUGGCCCGACUAGGCCCGGCCGGCCCCGCACCUCGUGUCUCGCUCGCCGCUCACCUUCCCCUUCCCUCCCUCGCUCCGGCCGGCAGCCGUCAUCCGUCCUCGUCUCACUCAGCUGACUCAGGGCGACUGAUCUGACGUCUUGCGUGCGUGUGAUUGUGUACAGUUUAGUAAUUUCGUACGGUGCAAAUUUUGAGCUACGCCCGUCAGCUGCGAGCGUUUGAGUGUUUGGAAUAAUGUCUUCUUCAAGUACUGAGGACGACGAAAGUGUUCCGGGAGCGAACGUGGAGAAGGUUGGACAGAAUGGGGAAGAGGUAGCGGAAGAUGAAGGUGAAGGUGCAGGGCUGGAGGAAGAGGAGGAAGAAGCAGAUUCGCCAAAUUUAAGAGCAUGGAAGAGAGACAUACUGCAAAAACUGAAGAGCAAGGUUCUAGAACGCUAUCAACGGGAAAAAACUACUAGAAAAUUCAAGACAAAUUACUGGGACCACAUAUAUCUGUUGAGGGAGGAAAAAUCUAAAACGCCAGUCGACGGUGCUCAGUGCAUUCACUGCGACCAAAUAUUUUCCUAUAAACAGGGGACAUCAGGGACAAAAUCAUUUCUGAGGCAUGUGAAGCCCUGCCUAGAAAGACACCUUAUUCCUUUAAAUGUAGAUAAGACAGACCUGAAGGCUCCCACACCACAAAUGAAAUCUGCAUUCGUGGUUGCUUGUGCCGAAUAUUGUGCAAGUGCAAUGAAGCCCCCUGAAACCUUUGCCAGCCCCGGGAUGCAAAACCUUGUGCAAAAGUGUCUGCAAAUCGGGUAUGUUAUGUUGUGUAGACGAUUUUAAUUAACCGUUUGUCCAGAACAACCGGCACGCCGCUGGCACCGACCGGCUGCAGCUGAGAUGUGAGGAAAGAAAAGGAGCUUUCCUCCUAAUAACCUCCUCUCACCUGCAGCUGGUCGGCGCCGACCGCGUUCCGCACUGGAAACGGAAGUGUGUGACUGUCGCACACGACGUGUAGGUGUGCGACAUUCACACACUUGCGUUUCCAGUGCGGUCGAGCUCAGUCGGACAAAUAUGCGAUUUUGCAGAGCUCUGAUAUAUGCCUUAUUAAGCUAUUGUAUUUUAAUGAUAUCGAAUAAUUCCUGUGAAACUGUGAAAAAUAUCUUCAUAAAUUUACAACAUUUGUUGUAAUUUUUAUUUGCAAAAUAUGUUGCAAAUUUGUGACAGCCCAUUGUUAAUUUCAAGUCGAUAAAAUUUCUUGUAAAUUUGCAAUUUUAAAUUGCAAUUUUACGACCCACAUUAUGGAAAAAUUUUCCGCACACUUGCGACUAUUUUUCACGGUGAUACGGACAUAUGGUAGUAUCGGCAUAUUGCAGGGGGUGUCAUUGAUGCGAAACUGUUGAUCUCGCAUCCAACUACGGUGUCGAGGCACAUUACUGAAGAGGCAGAGAAAGCCAAAGCAGAGAUGUGUCUCGAAAUCAAGGAGAUUUUGAAAAGUCGCCUUGUUGCGGCCACCACUGAUGGGUGGACCGAAAAUCACACCAAGUCCAAAUUGAUAGCUGUGACAAUCCACUUCAUAUCAGACAAGUGGAAAAUUCAAUUCCGACUCUUAUUGGCUGUACCACUACCUUUUGAAGAAGGCCCCACCACGGCCGAGAAGCUGAGAGCAGCACUUGAUGCCGCUCUUCAAAAGUUUGAACUGGAUGCCACCAAGUUGUCGUGGGUCACUGACAAUGGCAGUGACAUUGUCAAAGCCUUAAACGGGACUUCCCGUUUUUACUGUGCAAACCACGCGAUUAACAUAAUUGUGCGGACUACUCUCAGCGUCAAGUACGCGGAGCUAAUUCAGAGGUGCAUUAAAAGUAGUGCGUUGGCACAGCUCAUCGUUGACGAUUGCACGGCAUGGGUUAUUGAAGUCCGUCAAAAGAUUCCAUCAAAGUUCGCGUCGGCCAACGACUUGACCCUGGCUUUGACAAACCCACAAAGCCAGUCGCACAUUAAAAUGUUGCGCUCUGUGAGAGAUGCAUUCCCCCGGGUUAAAGAUUAUCUGAAGAACGACUGCCCAGAACUGAUGGUGACUACCGAGGACAUCACCGAUCUCAUCCGGUUUCUGGGGCCUUUUGAUUUGGACGGAAGCCGGGAGAAAUCUGCAAGUGUGACACCCUCCCGCAUACCUGCUUUGUUACACCACUGUGCUCUGGAUCCGGAUGACUCGGGAAUGAUGAUCUCUCUUAAGGACACGGCUAGAGACGAAUGUACAAUUCUGAGGGCACUUGAAGCCAUUGAGGGCUGCAAACAGGUCGUUGGGUACUUCAAUAAGUCAGGGUUAAAACCCUGGCUUAAACAGGAAGGGUGCCGAACGACCAAACAAGAAAUCUGCACAAGGUGGAAUUCGCAGCUCGAAAUGCUCGAGUCUGUGAACGAUGCGUGGGACAAGAUCAAAGGCUUGUUAACUUCGAAAGGGAAGAAGGGAAACGAAGUGCUGAAGGCCUUUAAUGAAAUUGACAAGACCGAUGUGGAGGAUUUAAUUUCUUUUUUAGAGCCAUUUGAAAUCCACACAAAGGAAUUGGAGGGCCAUUUGCACCCCACAAUUCAAAAAUGUGUUCCAUCCAAGUACGCCCUGCUUCUUCACUGCGAACCUGACGACGAUGAUACUGCCCUCAUGUCUGCUAUCAGAAAGAAAGCCCUAGAUCUCGUCGAAGAUAAAAUGCAGAUACAAGCGGAGCAGAAGUUGGCUUAUUUUCUGUGGCCAUCGAUGAAUGGCCUGGACGCCCUUCCAGAGGAAGAACGCAACCAGGUGCAUGCAGAUAUGCGGCGCAGAGCACUGGGUGAGGAUGAUUUGAGGGAUCUUGAUGAAAAUCAGGACGUACCUCAACCUCCCCCCGCAAAAAAAGCCCGUGUGGAUCCGUAUGCAGCCCUACGGACUAAAAAGAAACCUGUGGCCGUAAAAGAUGAGGUCACAAAGUAUUUAGCAAUGGAUCCCGAAGAAAUCGGCGAUGACAGUGAUCUUCUUAAGUGGUGGCAGACCAAGAUUUUUUGUACGAAACUAUUUUGGUUUGCAGCGUUAACGAGAAUGUGCUAACUUUUCUCUGGCUAGCAAUUAAAUGUACAUGUAAUAUUUCGCGCAUAUGCCAAAAAUAGUACAUAUACAUUUGUUUGGUUUUUGUAAAGUUUUAAAAAGUUCGUAACAUGGUGAUGGUGCGAACCUUUUAAACUUCGUGAAAGAGGCGCGACCUCCAUUCAUCAGUAUCAGACGGAUGCUUCGUUGAGAUACAACGCGAUGCGGAUGCGUUAGGGCUCGUGUCCGUACCGGCACUUAACGCUUUGCUCUGUCAAAACUUCACAGGAUAUCCCAUACUGUUUGUAUUCGUCUUACGUUCUCGAGUAGUGUUUAUUCUCUUAGAGAAAUAUCGCAAAUUUCCAAUAUAUUUUGUAAUUAAUUACUUACAAAAUAUGUUGUAAACUUACGACCGCCUAUUCUUACUCGCCGAUUAAUUCCGAGUCGGUACGUAAUGCUUUGUAAUUUCACGAUUUUAAAUUGUUAUUUUACAAAGCACUUCAUGGAAAAUUCUCUCGUAAAAUCUGCAACUAUUUUCCCAGUGUUCAUAGUCACUGAAAAUCCAAGUGAUGUCGCAAAUCUGCAAAUGAGCGAUAAAAUUCACACAUCUGCAUGUGUAUGACAGAAUUUUCACAUGCCUGCAGAGGUGUGAAUAUUUUAUCGCACACCUGCAGUUGGGUGAAUAGUUCGUCGCACACCUACAAGCGUGUGAAUGUUUUCAUUCAUUGCAGGUGUGCGACAUUCGUCAACUUGGAUUUCCAGUGUGAAAGAGCGCCAGCGUUACAAAUCUCUCUAUUUUUGAUUAUGGGCCA